AUGUAUCUUUUGGUCCUCUUCUGCGUGCUAAGUGCAGCCUCAGCCUCAGCCUCAGCCUUACCGUCCCUCCAAGCGCAGGAUGCCCCGUCUUAUGUCGCGCUGCCUUUGACAAGGAAGCGGUCGGUUGAUUCAGCUGCAAAGCAUAGUCGACGAGCCUUCAGCUCUUCGCUCUCGCACAAGACCCCGGCGCAUUAUACCAUUGAUGUCAAAAUCGGAACUCCUCCUCAGGCUCUGAGCCUGGUCUUGGACACAGGGAGCAGUGACAUUUGGGCGUACAGUCCUGGUGCCGAAUCCUCAUGCCCAAAGUGCACCUCAACCUUCUAUGAUCCCACAAAGUCCUCCACAGCAAAGAGCCGCGACGACCUGGGUCUCUUCAACAUCACCUACGCGUCUGAGAACUCGGCCGUGCUCGGUUACUAUGUCGGCGACACUCUCAAAACAGGCGGAGUCUCAGCCAACAUGGUUCUCGGCGUUGCCACCAAAGCGCACGCCGGCGACCCUCCCGGCGGUAUCAUGGGCAUCUCCUUUUCCGCCAACGAAGCAAGCGUCUACCAAAGCGACAUCAAGUAUCCUGGCUACAUCGACAGCUUGUACAAGCAAGGCAUCAUCGCCGUCCGUGGCUACAGUAUUUUCCUCAACGAACUCAUUCCCUCUCCCAGCCGCCACCGACACAACUCCGACACAACUCCCGGCACAAUUAUCUUUGGUGGCUAUGACAAGAGCAAGUGGACUGGUGCGCUGGUACCGUUCCCCCUCGUGGAGCCUUCACCAGAAGGGGCAAUUGAGCUGGAUAUCGGAGGACCUGUGAUCGCCUUUGUCGUCGGCGGGGAGACGUUCUCAGUGCCCAGCAACCAAAAGUACACGGUUCUUCUCGACACGGGCACCACAUUGACCUAUCUCCCCAAAUCGCAGUUCGCCGCCAUCGCCGACGCGCUCGCUGCCGAACUCUACGACGCGGAAGGCGGCCUCUACGCCGUCUCGUGCGACUACGCGUCCGAUCCGGGAGGUAUUGGUUUCGAGUUCGCCAACCAAGCAGGCGACGACCUCUUGAUCGCCGUCCCCUGGCCCGAGAUGAUCCUCCCCGACUCCGGAUUGGCUGACGGUGUGUGUAUGCUGGGCCUCAGUCCCAUGCCGGACGGCGAGGGCUUCUACACCCUGGGCGACACGUUCCUGCGCUCCGCGUACGUGCUGUUCAACUACGACACGUUGACCGUGGGCCUGGCGCAGGCGAGCUACGACAACAGCUGCAGCGACUGUGUGCAGCCUUUGAUACCAUCCUAG